AUGAGCAGCAGCCGGGCGCAGUUUCGGGCCAUCGACAUCUCGAAAGUGAAUGCGGAGCGCUACCAGUGGUCGAAACUCGACACUUUCCAGACGCCCUAUGGACACUUGGGAGAUAUGGAAGACAUCGAGGAUGUGGGCAAGCAUGGAAAGCCCACUUGCCACUUCAAGGUGGAGCUGUUAGAGCAAGUUCGAUCACAGAUUUCAAAGCAGAUCAAGCACCAAAUAGAGUGCCACACGGAUAUCCUACUUCAGGAAAUGAAGAGUAUUCGUGCCGAGAUGUCUGCGAAUUUCGCUUUGCUGAGUGGGGACCUGAAAGACUUGAGGAACAGAAAAGUUGAAGCGGACUUUUCGUCCUUCGAUUUCUCAGCGGUGGUGACUCACUUUGACGAGUCCAAAGUCAAGGUUGAUUUCGACCCAGUGUUGACAGCUAUUCGUGAGAAGAACUUUGAUGUCGACCUGACACAGGUCUUAACACGCAUCGAUGAGAAGAAGUUCGAUGUCGACUUGUCAACGGUGUUGACACGCAUCGACGACAAGAAGUUCGAUGUAGACUUGUCACAGGUGUUGACACGCAUCGACGAGAAGAAGUUCGAUGUAAACUGGUCGGAGGUGUUGACACGCAUCGAACAUGUGCUCACAGCCAUCCACGACAAGAACUUUGACAAAGAUUUCUCUGCGCUUUUAGAAGCCAUCCGCUCGCAGAAGUUCGACGUUGACUCAUCGAUUGACUUUCAGCCGGUGAUUGCACACAUCGAUGCCAAAAAAACAGAUGUCGAUUUCACUGAUGUGCUCAACGCUAUCCGUGAGAAGAAGCUGGAUGUCGACUUCUCGUCACUGUCGGCACGCUUUGAUGAAGUCCUCCGAGCUGUCAACUCGAUAGCCAUCCCCGCCCCCGCCCCUGGCCCGUCCGUCGAUGUUGACAUCACAUCCAUCUUGACGCGCAUCGAUGAAAAAAAGCUGGAUGUCGACUUCUCGUCACUGUCGGCACGCUUUGAUGAAGUCCUCCGAGCUGUCAAAGAGAUAGACAUCCCCGCCCCUGGCCCGUCCGUCGUCGAUGUUGACAUCACAUCCGUCCUGACGCGCAUCGAUCAAAAGAAGCUGGAUGUCGACUUUACGGAAGUUCUUGGCUCCCUUCGCGAUCUCUCCGCAUCGCUGACGCGCAUUGAGAACAAGAGGGUCGAUGUCGAUUUCUCUCAGGUCAUUCGAGCCAUCCGUGAGCAGAAGUUCGACAUCGACUUCCAGCCGGUCUUGGCAGCCAUUCACGGCAAGAAGACCGAGGUAGACUUCUCUCGUGUUCUGGCAGCCAUCGAUGCCAACAGGGUCGAUCUUUCUCAGGUGAAGGUGGACAUCGACUUUACAGCAGUGAUGAGGGCCAUUGAGGCAAACAAGGUUGAUCUGCAAGCCAUUCGAGACCUGAAGCUCGACGUGGACUUCUCGGCAGUCCUGACAGCCAUCGAGAAUAUCAAGGUGGACGUAGACAUUUCGGAAGUGUUGCAGACCAUCCGACAGCACACUGAUCCCCAGCCAAUUCUCGAUGCCAUCGCCAACAUGAGUGCUUCGUUCACUGCUCGCAUCCAUACACAAGGCUUUGAGGCCUGGGAAGAAAGUCGCGCGGCUAUAAAUCAGCUGCACCUGAAGUUGGAGGACAUCGACAAGAACGGCGAGCAAGCCAAAGCACUUGUGCACGCCUUCAGAAGCAACAUUGAC